AUGGCUACCAGGAAGCAUCAAACAAAGCGUAAACCAAAGCUUAGACCAGUCAGCCUCACCCGUCAACCCUCGCCCUGCCUCCGACACUACCUCGACUCAACGUGCUCGCCGCCCGAUCACGACCUCUCCAAGCCCCGGGAGCAGGCCCUCCGUCUCAUCGACGUCGAUGACGAGAACCUUCUCAAGGCUGCUGGGAAGCUGGCAUCAAUACAGCAUGGCGAGUCUUUCAUCCUCACGCAAAUAGACACGCGGUCACCCUCCGACAGGCCAUCAGGCCAUGAGUACCCCGCGAUGCUGGGGUCCAUCGCCUGCUUCGAGUUCCUCGGGUUCUCCCGAGAGAUGGCGACCGCCCUGUCCUACAUUUUCCUUUCAGAAUUCCAGUCCCAACAACGAGCGCGGUGGGAUUUCCGCCAGGUCGCCUGGGGUGUGCUCACCCACUGCCCGCAACCAGACGUCGCGGAGCCGGGGCGCUCCGAGGAGGCAGAGGCGCUCUUUGAGGUGCUCGGGCUGAGCGAGGAGACGAAAGACCUGUUCCGUGAUUCCGGCGAGGAGCUCUUCGACGACGACACGACCGUCAUGGCCUGGGUGAUUGAUGUUGUUCAAGGACGGUGGGCCGAGCUCAGGCAGGUCGCCGCGCAGUCGAUUCAGAGGGGGCAGGAGAUCCGGCAAGACGGAGGGGCACAACGCGUGCUAUAG